UUAUGUGUUGUUAAAUGUUUUUUUGAGAGAUAAAUCUACAAUAAUGAGCGAUAAGGAUGUGGUAUCGAUUAGUUCAGUCCAAAGGAACGAAGCUUUACUUUCCUUACAAACGAAAUUAGAGAUUAUGCGAAGAUUCGAUGACGGUGAGAAGCCCGUGGAAAUAGCGAAAGCGUACGGUUUGAUUCCGAACGUGCUGAAAUCUAUCCGUUAUCGCGACAGAAAGAAAUGCAAAGGGUUUAAUGGACCUUCUUUAUCCAUGACCAUGAUGAAAAUGGAAUUUAUACUCGUGAUUUGGAUUUACGCCGAAAAUGCGAUGAAGAAGCCUUUAACCAAGAAGUUAAUACUGGAGAAGGCCAGGGAAUUGUUUUAUCUGGUCAAGAAUCAAAGCGCGCAUUUGAGUUACGAUGAUCCUGAAGAGAUGUUCGAAUCAGGCAAAGAUUGGUUUUCGCGAUUCAUAAGUCGCAGUAAUCUUCAGCACAUUCCGAUGGACGAGGAAACGUCCGGUUCGAGGGAUUUGGAUCCGAAUGUUUUACGUAAUAAACUGCAAGCUGUGGCGGAUAAAGGCGGUUGCUUCUCUAAUAAAUUUUUAUAUAUGAUGGAUUUGAGGGAAUUGUUUCGUGAACAAACGAUUGAUGAAAUCAUAGAAAUUUCUGAUAGUUCGGGAUGAUGUGCAAAUGAUAUAUCGGGCUUUUAUCAUUUGCAGCAAAAACGUGCAAAGACGAACAGAAAACAUGUACAAACGGAUACAUAUUUGUAAGGAAAGGAGAUUAGUAAAGCAGGUUUUAUAUGUAUUUACGUUUACUUUUAUUGACAUAUUUGUAAAAUAAUAAAGAUUUUUGCCAUUCA